AUGAUUCAGCAUGAUCAGGUUUUCAACUGUGGUGAGAAAGGCAAAAUAGAGGAGAAUGAUCGACCUGCCGAUGCUAGGCAAAGCAUUGGACCUGAGACUCAAGAUGCGAGUGACCAGGAGGAAGAUAGAGAAGAGGAGCGUGAAGAUGAUUCCGAGCUGACAAAGCAUCUGGCCAGGCAGAGACGGCGAGCUAUUCAAGCAGCCAAUGGGGCACGGAAGAUCUCUAUGUCUAGAAAUACUUAUAAAGACAAAGGUGGUAGGUCCUCUCAUAACUCUAAGAUCCAGAAGCAAUUAAGCAGCUGGUGA